GGAGUGCGCUGCGCUGCGUGUGCGUGUGCGUGUGCAGCGGCCGUGCCUUGAGCCCGGGCAGCCCCCGCGCCCCCCGCCCCGCGGCCGGCCCCGCGCCCCCCGCCCGGCCAUGGAGCGCCGCAGCCGGCCCGCCGCCGCCGCCUGAGAGCCGCCGGGCUGCCGGCGCCCGGGACCGCAGGGCAGGCAGCGGGCGGGGGCUGCCGAGCCCCGCCGCCGGAGCGACGGGACCGCCGCUGCGGAGCCCGCGGAGGGCUCUCCCUCGCUUCCCUUUAUUUGUUUUUCCUCCCCCCCCGCCCUCGGCCCCGCUUUUUUUCUUUUUUUUUCCUUUUUCCUUUUUUUUUUUUUUUUAAUAUUACAGUUCUCCCCUCCCCUUCUCGCCCGCCCGGCGCUGCGGACGUGCUCGCUCCCGCAGGACGCACCCGCGGUGCCCGGCCGGAGCGCCCCGCGCCCGCGGAGGGGGCCCCGCGCCCCGCCGAGCCCCGGGCCCCGCGGAUGUGCCAGGCGCCCCCCGCCGCCCCCCGCCGCUCGGCCCGCGCCGCCUCUUUGUCCUCCUGCACCUACGGUUGUGGUUUGUUUUUUUUAAAAAAAUUUUUUUAAGCAGCCCUGAUCACCACCGGGGGCGGGGAGGGUGGGGGGCCCAGCGACGCUGCCAGACCGACCCCUGCCCAUUUCUCCUAAGGAACUCUCAUGGCUUCACAGCUGCAGACAAGUUGCCGUGCAUCUUGGUGGACUAUCGGAGUUUGCAUCCUGGCGGCCGCGCUCCUACCAGGGCUGCAAGCUCAGACUGUCUUAGUCAAUGACACAGUCUCGGGGUUUAUCGGAACAGACGUGGUCCUGCAUUGCAGCUUCACCAAUCCGCUCCCCAAUGUGAAGAUCACGCAGGUCACGUGGCAGAAAGCCACCAACGGCUCCAAGCAGAAUGUGGCCAUCUACAACCCUGCCAUGGGGGUCUCCAUCCUCUCUCCCUACAAAGAGCGGGUGACUUUCCGGAAUCCUUCCUUCAAAGAUGGCACCAUUCAACUCUCUCGGCUAGAGCUGGAGGAUGAGGGAGUUUACAUCUGUGAGUUUGCCACCUUCCCAACUGGCAACCGGGAAAGUCAACUGAACCUCACUGUGCUGGCGAAGCCCACAAAUCGGAUGGAGGGCACCAAGCGGCCACUUAUUGCUAAGUCUGGCAGGACAGAAAAGAUCUUGGUAGCUACCUGCACCUCCUCUAAUGGGAAGCCCCCCAGCACUGUCACAUGGGACACCAAGCUCAAAGGGGAAGCGGAGUUUCAGGAGAUCCGGAAUAGCAAUGGCACCAUCACAGUGAUUAGCCGGUACCGACUGGUGCCGAGCCGGGAGGCCCAUCGGCAGCAGCUCAUGUGCGUGGUUAAUUACCAGCUGGACCGCUUCACCGACAGCAUGACCCUCAACGUGCAGUAUGAGCCAGAAGUCACUAUUGAGGGCUUUGAUGGCAACUGGUUUCUCAACCGGAAAGAUGUGAAGCUGAUAUGCAAAUCUGACGCCAACCCCCCAGCUCACACCUAUGAAUGGAAGCUGCCAAACGGGACUCUGCCAGGGAGCGUGGAAAUCCAGAACAACACCAUCUACUUUAAAGGGCCCGUCUCCUACAAUGUGGCUGGCACCUACAUCUGUGAGGCCUCCAACGCCAUCGGUACACGGUCGGGCUUGGUGGAAGUCAAUGUCACAGAUAAGCCACUGCCUCAGGGUGCUCCAGGAGGCAUUAUUGGGAUCGUGGGAGGAGUCAUCGCAGCAGCUCUCAUCAUCGGCGUGGCUGUCACCGUAAUUAUUGUCUACAGGCGGCAACAAAAGAACCGCACUGAAACGGACAAUGACCUAAUUGACUUGCCUCCAUCCCACAAACCUGCCCCUCCACCAAAGAGGAAACAGGAGAUGAAAAGCCACCUGACCGCAGAAGACAUCCAGGUUGUUCACUUAGACAACAUGAAACACGAGGAGGAAAUACAGAAACUCCCUCUGCAGCCUCCAUACUACGACAUGGCAGCCACCGAGCCCUCUCCCUACACUGACAAACUGAACUUUGGAAAGUGUCACUCAGAGAUAUCGAAUGCGAGUGAUUACCUGACCCGCUGUUACUCACAUGAAGAUCGAUAUCUGGAGAAGAUCCCUCAUGUCUAUACCCCCUUGUCAGAUCUCCCACAAGAUCUUUAUCCUCAUCAUUCUGACAUCUCCUUCUGCUGCCCACCUCCCGGUUCCCGGGCUCCUUACAUCUGUCCUAAGGAACAGUAUGUUUAAAGUGUCAACACAGCAAAAUGAAGAAGCUAAUGUUUUUCACUUCUCCUGACCCUGUUGCUCAACAACCAAGGCCUUUUAGAUACCCCCUUUGCCAUUGCUUAUUUUAUUUAUUGAUUUUAAAAUUUUGGUGCAAUUGUAAUUGACAUGAUUAGGUUAAGUAUCUGCCUGGCUUGCUAAUGCUCAAGGGAACACUCUGCCUUUGCCCACGUCUCAUUCAGUACUUGCAUCUUUCUUUUCUCAUCCUGGCCCUCCUGUAUCAAGCUGGCUACGUGUGUGCAUGUGUAUGUGGGUGACAGCUGCCCUGUGUCGGAUGGGACGUGCCCAACCUCAUUAAAUGUCCGUAGGUUCCCUUGUGUCAAUCUCUACACUGUUUGCACCAGAGCAGCCAGCUGUGGAUUCUUCACAGCCCUUGUUCCAGCUUGUCCAAAGUUUUACAGCACAGCCAGUGCUCAAAUCUAAGGCUGUAGUGGGGUUUGGGAUUUUUUCCCCCUCCUUUGGAGAAAUUUGUUUCCCCCUUGGCAAUGGGGAUAGGAAAUCCCUGUUGUAAAUGGCUGAACAGUCAAGAUUGCUGAACCAAAUAAGAUGCUUAUAAUGAAAGAUGCUCAAAACCAACCCAAGAAUAGAGAAAAGGGUUUGGUUUAGGGGUUUUGUUUCUGUCCUUGUCCCCUCCUGUUCCCACUCCCAGUCUCUUGGAUUGACUUUUAAAUCCAGGCAGCAUGGAGACACGUAUUUUGAAAUCAACACAUUUGGAGAAGGCAUCCUUUAAAUAACCGUCUUACAACCUGAAACCCAAAGGGGAAAAAGAAUUAGAAAGGGAAACACUCUCUCUAAUUUUCUUUUUCAAAGCCUAACGUGACCCCCCACUAGCUUUUCCCCCUCUCUUCCUUGCAUCUGUUGAUUGGAAUUUUAAAAUGAACUCAGGCAGAAUAUAAAGCAUAAAUCGUCAUUUCAGGUAAUCUUCUUGCUCUUAAUGAAGGAUAAAAGCCAACAGAGGAAUCUGGCCUUUUAACUUUUUUAAAAGCAUCUUAGUUUUGGGACUACACAUUUUUUGAUAUUGGAAUGUGUGUGGGUGUGUAAAUCCAAACGUGUACAUUCCUGUGACCACAAAGUGUUUUAGAGAAGGAAAUUUAUCUCCACAUCACAUUUGUGUUCACUUGUAUUAAAAGAAAAAUAACUAUAGAUAUACACUUAAAUGUACAUAAAAGCAAAGAAGAGGAAGAGGAAAAAAAGGAAUGAGCAUCCUGUAUACGAGCUUGGUUUCAAGGAUAACUUUCAUCUGUUUCACCCAGGUAUGGCAUAGAAGAGAUGACGUCUGGGACAGUUCUGAACAAGGGGAUAUGCCUUCUUGGCGAAUGGGCAUUUACUUUCCUUUGUCUCGGGUUGGGUAUUUGGCAUUCCACAGACACUGCACACGUCAUAUCACUCUGGAAACCAUGAGGAUGUUUGAGCAAAGUGCAUGUGGGAGGGAGACAUGGGAACCACACCAUUAUCCUGCUGCCCAGACACCAAACAGCAUUUCAGCGCUACUUGUACAAAUAAGUGAAACUACCAUCAAGACGAAAGCCUCCCCGUGAGAGGAGGCGUGAAUACCAUGUUGGAUGCUACCAGCCCAGCUCCUGCCAUGCCACAUGGACUGAAGUACCAUUUUAUUUUUGUAUAUCUGAAUCUAAACAGCUAUAGUUGUUCUAUGCACUUUCUGUGUCCCCAUCACCUAGAGCAGCCUUGAGACUCACCUUGCUUGUCCCUCUUCCUCCACAGAGAAGCACAUCUGUGUUCACACUACCUCGUGGAUUCCCUGCAGGCUAAUAAAUAGAUCUGUAUAUAAAAGAGAAGUUUAUACUUCUGUUAGUUAGGCAAUAUAGCACUGUGUGAGGAUGACGGCACAUGCAUGGAUGCCCCGGUGCCCUUGCAUGGCAUACAUCACACCCGUGGAGAACUGCCUCUUCCCACCCCUCUUCCCCUGCUUCCCCAGUGCAUGUUGCUACUUCGUACUUUGUGGAGACAGCAUGGUAGCUGGUCACGCGGACAAGAUUUUGUUUCUGUGGUGGGAAAUCGCUGCACCAUGUGGGGAGGUAGCUUCCCGCUGGGAGCUGGUUUCCCACCAGACUGAGAAGUGUUGUACCAGCUGUGGCCUGGCUGGGCUUGGCUGGGUGCGGUGUGGAUGAAAGGGCACUGGUGCAUUUCUUGGCCAAGCUGAAGUGGCCAGUACCUCCAACAGGCACAGCAGCUUCACACGUGCUAGAGCAUGGAGCGCUCUCAUUCCCAGAGGAUCAGGGGACUACACAGACAUAGCCUUAGAGCGUUAAACACAACUUUUCCAAUACCAUCCUUUUGGUCUUUAAUGACCCUGGAGUCAUUUGGAUUCACAUUUCCCCUGCCAGUCUCCAGAGAAUUCAGCCAGUCAUUUCCCUAUACCAAUGGACUCAAGCGCUAUGUGUCUCGAUUCAGAUAAUGUAUUUCUCUCUCUUUUCUUCUCAACAUACCUUGGGGUACUUUCUGGUUACCACAGAGCUGGAAAUUGGAUUUACUCUGAACAGAAGCCACAGUCAACACAUUCACCCCAGCAGGGGAACCAUGCUUUGGAGUCUGCCGAAUCUGCCUUUGGUCACUCUGGAAAGGUGAUGAGGUGCUGGAAAACCCAGGUGUCUCUGACAUCCUGGAAUCAACCCAGCACCACUGACCAUGGAGAAAAAGCAAGCAGAAGUCCAUUACACGCUUCCCUGUUUGCAUGCCUGUGAUAGCAGGAUGCUGCCUGCGCAGUGGCAAUUAGAGUGGAUUUGACUGGGGCAGCCUUCACCUGGUGCAGUUUCAGACAGAUCUAAGAGUUUAAAUAAGAAAUAGAAUAUGGUCAGGUCUUCAGAUACAGAAGGAACCAAGUUAGACAAAAUGCUGGCUGGCCUGAGGAGACAUAGGACAUGUUGCAGGUGGUUUUCUGCGCUGCCUGUGGCUGGAGGGACGAUGCCUUGAUGAGGAAGGGGAAGGCAGAGGUGCAGGCUGCAGCGUUACAGAGAAAUUCUCGUUGCCUUGUGCAGCUUUGAAUUUGAGCUACCCACAGAAGACUGCCACGAAGGGGUUUACUGUGCUUUUCAGCAAAACAGAAGGAUUUCAGUCCUCCCUAGAAAGGGGAAAAGCAAGAAAAGCUUAAAUUCAAAGCAGUAGUUUGACUUAUGCCAGCGCAUAUAUUAAGCUUAGCAAUGUCUUGGUUCUCUUUGCCUCUCUUCUCCUUAAGAAUUGGGUUGGUCUAAAAAAAAUUGCUAAAGGGAGUCUCCACCACUAACACAUUCCCUUGUACUGUAGGAAAAGGGGGGAAACUCCUGAAGAAAAACCCUGAAGAAAGAGAUAGUGAGGUUCAGGUCCAUGUUUUGGUUUUACAAAGCUGCAUUUAGAAAUGGUUCUGAUUCAGGGCUCUUAUUCCUCCCUCCCUCUCCAUACAGUUGCACAAUAUUUGCCGUUUCCAAACUUUGCUGCACCUGUUGCCACAAGCUCAACGCUAGCUUUGCUCUGUGAUAAGGCUACCCUGUCUGUGGUAACCUCUCAGGCACAGAAAUCCUGCUGCAGCAAUGCUAAUGAGAGGCAUUCUCCUCCUGCCAUGGUGCAAAUUGAUUUUAGAAGAGCCCCUCUCCGGGAACAGAGCCAUCCAGUAACACUGUUGGGCGUAGAUUGCUGACCAAGUUGAACAGGCAACUGGUGGAGUGUGAUCCUGCAUCCAGUGGGCUAGCAGUAUAUGGGAGGAACUGGUGCUUUAUUUCUGUGUCUUACUGGUGUGAGACAUAGAAUCAUAGAAUCAUAGAACCAUUUCAGUCGGAAAAGACCCUUAAGAUGAAGCCAUUCUUCCUGUUACUGGGGUGAAAUGUCAUAAUUUCUGUUCCAUAUGUUGGUGGCAAUGACACAAGAGCUCUUGCAGAUGGAAAAGACUGAUCACAGAACUUAAAUAAAAGUCAGCUGAAGAGUUAUGACAACUUCUCUCAUAGCUGUGCAACUGGUGUGAGGUGCUU